UUAGAGUUAAGCAUUUCCAUUCCGAGCCUACCACCUGAUGGCAAGGCGGGUAUAUAGGCUCUGCCGCUGACAUCAUCCCCGGCACAGUAACAGACGUAGGACCGCAGAGAGGGAGAGAGAGAGUGGGGGAGAGAGAGGGGAGAGGGAAAUAGAGGGAGAGAGAAAGAGAGAUAGAACGGGAGAGGAAAUCGGAACGUACACACACGUCCAUCCACACGCACAGAGUCGCGCAGAGGAGGAGGAGGGGGGAAGAGCGCUCUCCGUGGUGCUGAACGCAGCCCGUGUCGCUGUCCGUGGUGCUGAACGCAGCCCGUGUCGCUGUCCGUGGUGCUGAACGCAGCCCGUGUCUCUGUCCGCUCUGCACGCCCCGGGUGGCUGUGCCUACUAUCACGCAACCUUGCCUCGUCAGCACAGCAGCAGCAGCACGGGGUAACAUACACGUAACGCGACAGCAGACAGACAGCAACAGAUCGGCAGAGAGCAACGGCGGAGAGACAGCACAGGCGGCAAGAGGCACAGCACGGGGCGCCGAGUCACAAUGCCGCGCUCUUUCCUCGUGAAAAAGGUGAAAACGGACGAUUUCCUGUCGUCUUUCUCCAGUGCCAUAGUGUCCGACAGCAGCCUCGAUGCGCCCUACAUCCACUCCCGCUCCUUCUCCGACACAGGGACCAGCAUCAGCGUCCGCGUUACGCACAAUGGCUACAUCAGCGACUUCAUCGCGCCCAGCAUGUACGGGGGAGAGGCGCUGGACGGGGUCAAGAUCGCGUCCCCCGAGUCGGCCUACUCGACCGCCAACAGCGACGACUUCAGCAGCGGCGAAGCGGAGCAGCCGGACAGUCCUCGCUCGGACGCAGCGGUGUCUCUCAUCGACGCCGACACCGCGGCGAGUGACGGCUACGCGAUGGACGCCUUCUUCAUCACGGACGGCCGCUCUAGACGCAGCAAGUGCAACGUCGCUGCCUGCGACGGCAGAGCAGGAGGAGGAGGAGGAGACGGCGGCGGCGGCGGUGGUGGUGGUGGCGACGGAAGAGGGGGAGACGGCGUGAGAGGAGUCGGAGGAGUCGUCGGAGGAGGAGCCGGAGUCGGCGGUGCGAGGAGUAGCGGCCCAUCGGCGGGAGCCAACAAGGAGUCGGGCGGCGGCGGCACGCAGCUGAGACACACGUGCGGCGAGUGCGGCAAGACGUACGCCACCUCGUCCAACCUGAGCCGGCACAAGCAGACACACCGCAGCCUCGAGAGCAAGAUGGCCAAGAAGUGCCCCACGUGCAACAAGGUGUACGUGUCGAUGCCCGCGCUCGCCAUGCACGUGCUCACGCACGACCUCAAGCACAAGUGCGACGUCUGUAGCAAGGCGUUCAGCAGGCCCUGGCUGCUGCAGGGCCACAUGCGCUCGCACACGGGCGAGAAGCCCUUCGGCUGCGCCCACUGCGGGAAGGCGUUCGCGGACCGCUCCAACCUGCGCGCGCACAUGCAGACCCACUCGGCGUUCAAGCACUUCCAGUGCAAGCGCUGCAGCAAGACGUUCGCGCUCAAGUCCUACCUGAAUAAGCACUACGAGUCGGCGUGCUUCAAAGCCGGGGGGAACAGCGAGGAUGACAGCUGAGAGAGAGAGAGAGAGACGACGCCGCACCGCUACACCAGCGGUAGCCGCAGCCGCAGCAGCCACCAUCGUCACCGCCGCCGCCGUUGCUACUGCUGCUGCUGUGAAAGAUGAUGAAGCUAUGAUGGAGAUGGGAGUGAAUAACAAGCAAGGAGCGACACCCGCUGGGAAGUUCUGUUGACAACAGCAGCAGCAAGAUGAUGGUGAUGAUGGUGGCGGUGGCGACAGAAGGAAAACAGAUAUGCAGUUUAUAUUUCAAUCAUUAUCUUCCAAAAGAGCGUUCUUCCUUUUUGUUUUGAGUAAUCGAAUCAAAUGACACAGGUCUUCCAAUGGAACCAAAACAUUUUGGUUGUGUGCGUGCGUGAGUGAGAUAGAGAGACGGAGAGUUCGUCGUUUUAAUUUCGCAUUCCUGAUUUUUUUUAAAUCAACUUGCAAAAAGUCCAAGUAUUAUGAAUUUACGAAGUCAAACAGCUCCACCCGUCGGGCUGCCCGUGUUGGGUUACGAGCAAGGUUCCGCCACUGCCCGUUUUGUUUUCAAAGGUGGACUGGUAGACUUCUCUGGUUCGCGGAUAUUUUAUACUCGGGUUCAACUCGUAAACCCCCGGUCUUGACUCAAGGCCACGUGUUUUUAUGAAACGGAACUCUCCCCCACCACCCCUCCCACACCCACCCCCCUCCCCGCAAUACUUCUGCGCGUGUAGUUGUGUGAAAGAGUCUGACUGGGCAACGCUCCCCAGCGGUCAGUCAGUCUCAUCCAGGGAAUGCUCAGCAUCGCGUAACCUAUACGUCCAUCACUGCUCGUACCGCUGUAUAUUGUACGUGUGUUGACAACGGGAAUAUCCGUGUCGUGUGUCUAUCCCUGCGUCACAAACAACCUCACCACAACCCCCAACCUCUCCAUGUCAGCCUCUCUGUCCCUAUUGUCUGCCUGUCUGUCUCUCUACCAUGCUUUUGUCAGUCUCUCUGUCAUUGUCUGUCUGGAUCUGACACCGUCUCACCUCUGUCUGUAUUUCAACAUACAUGACUGUAUGUUAAUGUCUCUCUCUCUGUGUUCCUCUAACCCACAGAAUCAUUUCACCCUCAUCCCCAAGCCUCACAAAAUGUUUCUCUUUUAAGGGGGCAAUUUGAGCACCCCCUCUCCCCUCCUCCCUGUACUCCACUCCCCCGAUCGCCCCGUCCCCCACCCUCUUUUUAUAAAUGGCAAGCCGUGUUAAUGAGCAAUACAGAUAAUAUGUAAAUGAGUGCGUGCUAAGCGUCUGUUCGUUUUUUUUACAAUAGACGCUACGAAUAGGGUAACUCUCCAUCGACUGCACUUUAUGUUACAUUUUGCACCGGCGUUUAUUUCCUUAUCGAAUGCUAUUUAUUUAUUUCGUGUAUUUAUUUAUUUUACAUUUAUAAGAACAAAACAUCGAUUACGUUUCGUAAAGCCAAAACGUCUUUCAGUUGCGCGUGGAAUGCCUCUAAUAUAAUAUCCGUAUUGUUUGUUUGUUUGUUUUAAUAUACAAACGCGUGAAUAUGACUCUAUGUUUGAUUUAGGUGAUUAAGCAUCUUUCGUGGAGUUCUUUAGCAACCACGAUUUUUCUUUUUUUUUGCAAAGCGUAUUCAUAAUCCACGUGACGUUGAUUUCGAACAUUGAGUCUUCCACGGCUGUUGGCUGGCUGGCAAAACAAAUAAAAAGUAGCAAGCCUGAUCCUUUUCUUCCAAUCCUAUAAUUUGAACUCCCCUCGAGAGGGAAGAGUUCCGAUUAUUUGGGUGACCAAAAAAACCACCAUUCUUCCAAAUGCAUCGGCAGGUAUUCAUCCCCCAUAUUUUAACCGUUUCCUACAGAUUAAUUCAUUGAUUGAUUGGUCACCACAUUCUCUAUAAUCGAGUGCAGCCGCGUACAGUGAAAAAUAAUUAACUACAAAUGAAAGAGAGAAACAAAAUCAAGAGAAACAUUUGUACAUACUUAAGGGCAAUAAUUGUGAUGUUUACUUUCUUAAAAAACCUUACGGGGGAGAAAAAAAAAAACUAAAAUUAAGCAAAAAAAGAUGAAAUGACAAAAAAAUUAUAAUCAGAUAAUUGAAAAAAAUGAAACCUACACGCUUUUUACAGUCACCAGCUCUGAAUGCAGUAUUUAUUACAAGUUGUAUAACCGCCACAUUUAAAGUUUACAGCAAUUGCUAUGUUAUUAUUGUUGUUGUUGUUAUGAAUUAUUGUUACGAUCAUUAUUAUCGCUGGCUGUACUUCAAUUAAUAAGCAUUCGGUCCCCGCAAAUAAAGGGGAGGCGUUUACUUUGUAUGCCGAUAUAGAAGUGGUAGCUCCAGUGUGAAGGGUUCAAAUAUAAGCAGCAUGCGGAAGGCGUCUCGACCCAAUGUGAUGAUGAUGAUGAAACGAGUGGCCUGGUCCUUAUUAACACCGAAGAACAGCUGACGUGUAGACCAGGUAUAUUCAGUAUGGAAUUUAAAAAAAAGAAAUGCACUUGUAAUUCAUCCGAAUGCCUGUGGUUAAGUCACAGUUCCCCCGUUUAAUAUAACGCGUACACGUGACGAGCUGUCCGUCUCCUAGCAUGCUCUAUCGUAUGAUAAUGUGUAAAUACCCUUCCACAAAUGCAUAUCAGAAGAAAAAAAAGAGUAUGCCGCUAAUAUACCUGUUGUUAAUGUUCAACCCGUUUGGGAAUGAUAUCGUUUGGGGUUUGUUUGCGUUCGUUUGUUUUUGUGUUGGGCAUGCCAUUCUACAAGUAUCUUUGUUGCGCUGUAUAUCUGUGAACUAGCGUCUGUUGCGCCUAUAUUUGUCGAUACUAACACAGGGUUUAUAUAGACCCCCCCCUCGCCCUCCCGAUCUCCCGCACCCCUACCCCCCCUACCACAAAAAAAUGUUUUCGCUUCCGAGGCAGAGAUGGUUGUCAACAUCACCAUCACCACUAACCCACGUGUCUACGCGUCGCUCGAGGCAGUGCAGCCAACAUGAGUUCGCUCUCUGUCUGUCUGUCUCAGAACCAAACUCACCUCCUAAGCGAUGGUCCCAGCCCAUGCCUCCGUUCAUUCAUUGCCACACGAUGGACAACCUCCACAGCUCAACAGCUGCACCACGACUGCCUGACGACUUAAUUAACUCACUAAUACUAUAAUGACAAUACUUUUAAGCGGGUUUUUUCUUGUUUUUUCAACAAUCAGCUUGUUAUUUAUUUAGUAUUUUUUUUAUUAUUAUGAAGAGUUCGAGCUGGUAUUCGGUAUAGCCAUCUGGUUAUUUUGACGCAUUUAGAUCGUUGCCAUGAAUCGGACGCCCCUUGUUCCGCUUGGGGCCCUGAGUCAUCUUGCUUCGUGUGAUGUCGCCAAGCGCCACCAACUGAGUGCCCUCACUCCCUACGCCACAUCCCAUGUGCAGGUGGCUCCCUCCAUCACCACUCGCUUGCGUUGGUAAUACUUACAGACAAAGAUUCCCCGUAGAAGCCUUAACAGACUGUUGGGGAAAGUUUGCUGUUAGCGAGUAUCAGCAACUAUGAAGGUCGCCACGGCUCACGAGGGGGGUGGGUUGCCAGCACAACGCUCGGCCGCCUUUGUCUUCCUCGUGGCGACGCUUGCAUAUCGCACCCAGGUACUCGUUUGAGACUGAGUGGAACCUACGGGCGGCUCAGGAACCGGUUCAGAUAAUCGUCGCUGGCGUUGACCGUGAGCGAGACUCGAACUCGGGUCUCCGGAUUCGUAGCGCAGCGCGCUAACCACUGCGCCACCACCCGCUUAGAGAGCCCCCCACACACGCACGAGCUGAUCUCCACACCGACGUAGAUGAUAUCACAUAGCCAUCGUUCAUUUGAAGGUUUUAACAUACAUAACACUCUGUAACACCAUUUUUGUCUCUGGGUAGUUAGUGUUAUUUUUCAACUGCUCAUGCCUAAAAAGUAUAGAAAAUUGAUAUUAUUCCCCGCGAACUUUGCUUUUGUGACCAGGACUUUAUAUGAAUGAAUGACACAAAUGCACACCACGUUUUUUCAUUGAAAACAGGUAAACUUCAAAAUAUUACUGCCCUGGUCACAAAAGCAAAAUUCGUGGGGAAUAAUAAUAGCCAUUGUCUGUACUUUUGACGCAUAAGCAAUUAGGAAAUAACAUUUUGUACCAAGGAACAAGUUGUUGUUUUGUUACACAGUGCUAUACCGUCCUUUCCAGCUGCCGGCUAAACGUGACGUGCGUCAUCAUGCCUUAGUUGAGUCGCUUAUUCGUUCGCUUGAUUAAAAAUAUAACGCGACACACCGAUAACGGAGUAAUUGUGACUUAAAGGUUUUUUUUCUUGUUUCCCGCUAUGGAAUCUGCUGAGCCCGUGUUGAUUAUCCGAAGGCAAAGAUAAUCCCUCCCUCCCCUCCACCCCU